GCGCGGCCCCGGCCGCAGUGAGACGAGGCGGGGCGUCGCCGCGCCCUCCCGCCAGGCCGCUAUGCAGGGGCCCGCCGGGAACGCGAGCCGCGGACUGCCAGGCGGGCCGCCUUCCACGGACGCGUCCGGGGCGGGCCGCUGCGAGAGCGGCGCGCUCAUGCACAGUUUCGGCAUCUUCCUGCAGGGGCUGCUCGGCGUCGUGGCCUUCAGCACGUUGAUGCUUAAACGCUUCAGAGAACCAAAGCAUGAAAGACGACCAUGGAGGAUAUGGUUUUUAGACACUUCCAAACAAGCCAUAGGGAUGCUAUUCAUCCACUUUGCAAAUGUGUACCUUGCAGACCUUACUGAAGAGGACCCUUGUUCACUGUACCUCAUCAACUUUCUUCUGGACGCCACUGUGGGCAUGCUGCUUAUCUAUGUGGGAGUGCGUGCUGUCAGCGUCUUGGUGGAGUGGCAGCAGUGGGAAUCCCUGCGUUUUGGCGAAUAUGGAGAUCCUCUGCAGUGUGGGGCCUGGGUUGGGCAGUGUGCCCUUUACAUUGUGAUCAUGAUCUUUGAAAAGUCGGUCGUCUUCAUCGUUCUCCUCAUACUCCAGUGGAAAAAGGUGGCACUACUGAAUCCUAUUGAAAACCCAGACCUGAAACUCGCCAUCGUUAUGCUGAUUGUACCCUUCUUUGUCAAUGCAUUGAUGUUUUGGGUAGUAGACAAUUUCCUCAUGAGAAAGGGGAAGACGAAAGCUAAACUAGAAGAAAGGGGAGCCAACCAGGACUCAAGGAAUGGGAGCAAGGUCCGCUACCGAAGGGCAGCAUCCCAUGAAGAGUCUGAAUCUGAGAUCCUGAUCUCGGCAGAUGAUGAAAUGGAGGAGUCAGAUGCAGAGGAGGACCUCCGCAGACUAACCCCACUUAAGCCUGUGAAGAAAAAGAAGCAUCGCUUUGGGCUGCCUGUAUGACACAUUCCCUUGCAGGAGAUGACAGGUUUGGGGCCAACCUGGCUGCUGGAUCAGCAGAUGGUCACCCCACAGCAUUAUCCCUUCCUUCCUCUCUGCCUCUCCUCUUCUACCUCCAUUCCUCUUGCUGUCUCCUGCUCUCUGCCUACCCCAGACUACUGUGACUUAAAAGAGGAAAGAGGAACCAGCAGCCAGGGAUGCUGUGGGCAGCUGGAGGGCCCCUGCUCAGUUGCACUACAAACACUGACCAAAUAUGCAAGCUAAGAGCUUUGUUUGUUUGUUGUUGUCCUGAACAGUGUUGUGAGGGACCCUAUGUCUGACUGAGUGGCAUGGUGGAAGAAACCAUAGCACAUACAGACCUUGGUGGGUCUUCACACCGAGGCUGCUGACUCUAUGGACUUAUGUUGUGCUUGGGGUUGACAGUCAUUCAUUGACCAAGUUGGAAUUAGAAUGCUUUCUUACUCCAAGUGGCUUUUUGUAACUCUUGAUUUCUAAAGCCUGUUUUACGAGCUAUGACAGUGUUACUGUUUUUUGAGUAUGUGUUUAUUUCCUACAAAAUACCUACGCACUAAUGGGCAAAACAUAGAUUUUUAAGUCUUCCGUAUGCUAUUGACUUUUAUACUUUUAAGUUAUAUUUUUAUACUAUUGUAUUUAAAAACUUUUUAAACCCCAAAGAAGUGGAUUUGUUUGCCUUUCAUGGGGUAUGAGCUGGAGAGAGAAAAAAGUCAGGAGUUUUUUUGUUGGCACUGUUGUUAAGUAAUGUCUGGUAAUAAGAUGAGGUAAAUGAUCCUGUAGGAGAGAUAAAUGAUAAAUGAUAGCCUUUAUCUGGAAAUAGAAGGCUGGUGAUGUGUGAAGGUGAAGCAUGAGCAUGAGGCAGCUUUUCUGAAGGUGAUCUGGGUGCCCCAGUGUGUGGAUCAGGAAGGCUUCUUCUAGGGCCCAUGAGCUCAUUGGCAUUUCUGCUGGCAGGUUAUAGACCUUGGUUACAUGUGACUGAGAAAGAAGUUCAGGAGUUAGAACUUUGUGUAGCAAGGAAUCACAACCACCAGGCUACCCUUGCUUGUUCCCUGUCUCUCUUCAUAGUCUCAACCUCUUUGCCACCAUUGUGGGAGUUACAGAGCCAGCCUCUGCCCUACCUGUCACCUGCUGCCAUCUGCUUGCUUGUACAACAACUGAAGAACAUCCAUUUGGCUAGAUGAGCUUGCUUUCGCACACUCCAAAGCUGUGAGGUAGCUGAAGAGGCAAGAGAGCCAGCUGUCUAAAUUCACGAGAACAUGAAGUACUUCUAGACUGUGCUCCCAUUCUCCCCCUUGGGUUGACAUCCACUCCUCAAUAUGGCCACUGGUACUCUUAGUUUGCUUUAGGGUGGAACAGGGCAACCCUGCAACUGUCCCUGCUAUAGAAGCAACAAGGUGGAACUGCCCACUGUUUGUUCAAGCCAAGAAGCAGCCAUGGACAUUUAGGAACAGAAAAGUGCUUUGCUACAGUGCUAGCUAGAAGUGAGAUGACCCAGGCUUUAGAUGAGACUAGUAUACAGGGAGAUUACUCUAAUCAGAGCCCUCUCCUUAAGCCCUAUGUAAAAAUAUGUUUUACUUAAGCAUGAAUCUGGAUAUGCUUCUGUGUGAGCCAAGUGGUUAGAUGAGGCACUUGGGACUAUCUUCUGCCACUCAGCUAGUAAGAUGGCAUCUGUCUGGGGCCUGCAUUACUCCAGUUCUCAGGUCUUCCCUCUACCUACUAUUAUCCUAUGGCUGUGGUCUUUCCCCACCCCAUCUCUAGUGAGACCUUACUAAGUUGUAUUUGGGAAGAGGACUGGCAUGUCUGGAGAGACAGUUCCUGGUGGCUUUGCUGGUGCAGUGCUUGUUCUCCCUUUCUGUUCCAUUAUACAUUGGCCAACCUGUAACAUAGCUGUUUCUGCCACCUUUGUUGACACCUUCCUGGAGCUCAGAGUCAGGGCUUCACUUCACUUUCAGAGUCAGGGCUUUGACUUUAGAGACUCUUUGUGUCUCUAAACCAGGCAUAGAAAUAAGGGAUCCACACUAUGAAGCAUGGCAACUCCAGAUUGUAUAGGUUUCAGAUGACCGCAUCUUCAGGCUCAUCCCAACUCCUGCUGAGCAGUGGCUUGGAGGACAGUGAACACAGGUAUUCUCCUGUGGGUUUUUGUGAUCUUCAAUAAAUAGGCUUUAGUCUCUGACCUGCAUCUAAUUAGUGGCACAAUAAGAAUGGAAUUCUAACAGAUGUCUCAUCAAACCAGUGGGCUCCUGGUUUGCAGGUUUGGGCAGUUUGGCAUCCAUCACAUGUUUUGCCUUACCUUUCUGUGUGGAUGGUUAUACAUACACAUCCCUGGGAGAGCCUCUGGUGAUCACUGUCCCAUGAGAGUGGAUGCAGAGAACUGUGGUCAGGGCUUUCUCCUGAACUGUCUUUCCUCCCUGGGUUGAGUUUCCUCACCACCUGCUCCACAGUGCCUUAUGAGGUUACAGCCCUUCACUGGCCAAUGUCAAGCAGCACUAUGCUUGAAAAAUGACAGAAUGAAUACUAUUAUAUGCUGUCAAUUUGAUUUUUCUAAGUCUGGACCUUGGCCAAGGCACUCAUGGUAGAAACUUGAAAAUCAAGGUCAUAAAGGAAUUUCUUAUUAUCAGUAAAAAUAAACUAAUGAGUCAAAUGAGCUUUCAUUUGAUUGGAAGAGAUGAUAGUUUUCAUUCCUUCAACUCUCGGUAGGACAUGGAUAAUGUCAAGGGGGCAGUGGCUUCUCAGUCUGUUCAGCCUGAAGAUGUGUGAGGUGAAGGUUCAUGAGCGCCUCAACUUCUAAGCACACUGGUGGCCUCCUGCCUCAACCUUUAACUCAUGCCCUCUAUCACAACAAGUGUUAGGAUAUAAUGUCACCUCUUAUGCCUCUUUCUUCAGGGAAAAUGUACAGUGUCUCAAAUGCAAGUUGUAACUUUCCUUCAAUAGUAUAGACUGUAUGCUGAGUCUAGAAUCCUCAUUUGAAGACUGCUUCAGGACAGUCCUCCAGACUGCAGUUCAUUGGCUUUCUUUUUUCCAGCUAAGCUAAGAUAGGUGGCCUGAGGGGUCCUUGUGAGAUGUUGGUAAUCCUUGAGGGUCUUUGUGUUCAGUGAGGAACUUGUGGUCUGACUUGCUUUGAGCAUCUUGAGUUCUGGGUGGGUGGGAAGGUUGGCUGGUUGGUUAACUCAUUGGUUGGUUUGGUUGGUUUACAUUUGAUUUCUCUUUCCAUGGAGUUUAUUAGAAGCAAGUUGUGUGAGCAAAACCAUGCCCACAUUAGCUGCCAUCCAAGUGGGGAUGUUUGUCGGUGGGAGUAUUAUGCAUCACGGCAACACAUUUUUUUAAAUGAAAGGGAAGACCGAUGUACCUACAUUGUAAAAUGGUUUACAAUAAAGUUUCACAUCUUA